AUGUCUCUGAACAACACAACACAGCCCUCCUUUCAACUCUCUGGUCCCAAGGAUAUUCCACAGCCUGUAUCUGGCUCCCAGCCGGACGAUCUGCAUAUUCGCGGACAGGCAACGGAUCCCAUCGCGUCACCGCGGGGGGCGACAGAUGACCCGGGGACAGGAGCCGAAGCCCAGGAUGGGGGAGCCCCACAACAGCCAACCUUUCAGCCAUUCUUCACACUAAUCGAAGACAUCCCCACGGGUGAAUACUACCACCCAACAAUACACUACAUCUUUUCCGAUGACGACACCGACAUCGUCACCGAAGCAGCUCUCCGCAGUCUGGAAGCACAGCAGGAUGCCCUGGGCGAUAGUAGGAAAGCUCCGAUCGACAUCGGGCAGUAUGUUGAGCAAGGAGUGCAGGAAACAUCCACGCUUCUUCCACCCUCCAUUCCGGGCGUGCGUGAGAAUUAUGUCAUUUUAGAAGUUGAACCAGUCCCCGCGUCUGAGAAUAAUACCCCUGCAGCAGCAGCACCACCACCCGCACCACUAAACUUCGGCGCCAGCCCCCCAAAUCCUACAAACUACAUGUCCACAUCACCGACAACCCAAGCAUCCCCCGGCGGAGGAGCAGCAACAACAACAACGACAAUAAUACAACCCCGUUUUCGAGUCACAUCCACAAAGAGCUUUUCGCCAGACUGGCAAGUCAUGAAAAGCGAACUGGUUGCAGCGCCUACAUUCGAGAAUAACGAGGACGGCGACAGGACGGGACAUGGUCUUAUGCUGAAGAUCCACGGGACUGGUGGGUUACCAUACGUUGCUGAGUCCGGAAAAGAACGCGGGGCACCACGGUUGGAGGAUAUGAUGAAUCAGUUUGCGAAGCGGAUGGCGGAGUUGCAAACUGUCAUUGAUGCGGCGCAUGUUGAGGCUAAAGAUCCCCGGAUUGCUUCCGAGGAGACUGAUGCUAGGGCAGCCGGGGAACAGAUACGGGGAAUGCCGCAUGAUAAUGAAAUGGCUAUCGUGGAUGAAGAGAGACAGGGUGAGACUGACGCUGCUGGGGCUGCGUCGAAGGAGGCAAAUAUUGCUCAGAAGCUAACCCUGUAUGGAGAAGGUUAG